AUGUUUGAUCCUCUCUUCUCUGAUCCUCCCCUUCUUCUACUAUCCUCAAUCCGUCUGCUGAUAGAACAGAGCGUUUGGGGGCAAGCUACACAUGCUCAGUUUGGUUUUUUUUUUUCUUGGGAGAAUGCAUGUGAUCAGCAUAGGGCCAAUCAGCACUGUCCAGACAGAGGUCAGAGGAUUUCCAUCCUUCUAGAGCAGAAAGAAAACUCCUACAAGCUUUAGCUAGUGCUGGGCUGGACACUGAUAGAAGUCACAAGACUGCUCUAACUGCUGAUGAGAAAAGGUAUUUAGCAGUUUACAUUUACUAA